AUGUUGACUGUUUUGAAUGGUCGCGACUCGGCGGUCGUGGCAACGGUGGACGUUGGCGGCGAAAAGUCUAAAGAUAAAUCGUCAUCCAAGACAGAGCUCAGCCGGACCAGUAUGUUAAGCUCAAAGCUCCUCCACACCGCUCUUCUAAUCCUCUUCUCUGCUGACAUGUUGGUCGUCGACAGCAAAGUUCGGGGGAAACCCAACCGAAACAGGGUUGACACAGGGGAUAGCGGAGGGGGGAUCUGGGGACAGGACGAAAACUCUCCUCUUCCGAAAGGGCCGCAUUUCGCCAAGGACACGCCCAAGUCAGUCCUGGCAGCCGUCGGGGCUCCUGCCCACAUCCCCUGCAAGGCUAGAAACCUUGGGGCCAAAUCUGUGUCAUGGAUCCGUCACAAGGACCUGCACGUCCUGACGGUGGGAUCCUUCACGUUCACGAACGACGAGAGGUUCUCGGCCCACAGAGACCCUUCUUCGGGAGACUGGGUCCUCGUCCUCAGGCACCCACAGCCCACAGACUCAGGCUUCUACGAGUGCUCCAUUUCGACGAAGCCCGUGACCGCCGUCAGUGUCAAACUGGAAGUCGUCGUGCCUUCGGCAGAGCUCCUGGGGGCCAGCAGCGUCUACCUGGACAGAGGCAGCUCCCUCAAUCUCACCUGCGUGGUCCAUUUCAGUCCCACGCCGUCCGAAUUCAUUUUGUGGUAUCACAGGGAUAAGUUGGUGAACUACGGGAGGAGAGGAGGUCGCGAGAUCCAGGUGUUCACUGAGCACAGAGGCGAACUGACAAGGUCGUCACUCCUGGUGCACAAUGCCACGUUGCUGGACUCGGGCAGGUACUCCUGCAAGCCAGCCAAUGCCAAAAAGGUCUCCGUCAUGGUCCACGUCCUGGAGAGUGAGACUCCAGAGGCCAUGAAGACCACGGGUAGCGGAGCUGCCAAAGCACACGAUAAUUUCAUCUUUAGCAUCAUGACCGCCGUCGCCUUCUGUCUCCUCAACUCCUCGAGGGACGACUUGAACUUCCUCAUCAAGGCCAUCCCGUGGUGUCUGCAAUUUCGUUCCCUCUCUCUCUUCACUUACAGAUGAAAAAAACGAGGAGCUUUUUCGUUCCUGGAAUAAGGCUACAAUCGCAGUAACCGCGAAUCAAUCAGAAGUUUCUAGAAUCAGCGGCUCGUUGGUUGCUGAGUCAAGCUUCACACAGACAAUAAAUAUGAGACUGAGAUAACAGUAAAUAGAUUAUCCGAAUAAUGUAAAUAUUGUGGGAAUCUCAAUGGAAGAAUUUGGAUGCAACUUAAUAUUAGUACAAGAUGGAAUUUUAUAGAUAGGAAUUUUUGGACCAAGAAGUUUUUGACAAUCUAACAAAAGGUGCUGGGUAUCUGCAGUACUUACAUUAGCUUCGAGUUUGUUUGAACGUUCCGUCUUUGUAUUGGUGUAAGCGAUUAAUCUGUUUUAUACCACUCGAGCUUUGUAUAAAUUUUUUGAAAAGCAUAGGGGGAUUUCAAGAUUACUGUCCAAGAUUAUUUAAAGGAGAAGAAAAUAUUCAUUCUCUUUACAAACAAAUCGGGUGAAUGGACUGGUCACACUCAAUACAGAGCAACUAAAUUUUUAAAUACUAUGCUUGCACAACUUCUUCUCUCAAGAUAUCAUGGUUACUGGGGCCGUUUAAUAUUAAAAGAUUUGUUGAUAUUUUGUCCUUAAGUGUUACCAGUUUGCAACAAAUGCUUACGAUAAGAUUUUCAACUGUUGAACUAAAAAAGGAAAGCACAUACAUACAUCAUCUAAAUUCUUAUAAGCAAACAAAGAACUCUUCAACAAGGGAGCUGCUUGAGACAUCAUUUAUAAGCGUAUAUUAUUUAACAGGUAAGAAGCUAGAGUUUAACAAUUAGUGGAAAGUUGAAGUCACGUAUGGACCAAUCAAUACAAUAACACUUUUCUACUGGAGAGCUUUUACACAGGGUUAGGCUUCUUUAAGCGAAUGUUCAAAUACAAUAUAAAAAAAAAUUCUCACACUUUCAAAUACAAAUGUGUGCUUUACAAGACAAUAUUCUUCCACAUGCCUGACGGAUUAGUAAUUUUGUAAAUACAUUGUACGGUUGAGUUGUGCGGUACAAGGGUAGCGUCAUGUUGAGUCAUUUCAGUGUAAUAUAAACAAAUCAUAAUGAAGUUUCUGUUGUUGUACCUCUUGGUAAGUGUAAGCAUGUAAAUGAUAAUUAAUACGAAUUACAGUUUAUGGUGGACUAAUAAAAAGAAAAAUAGGGAAGAAACAUGAGACAUACUCGUAAAGCGUAUAAAGUCUUUCUUGGAUGAUCAAUAGCUAUUACCGAUCGUUAAAAGGAAAAAAAGGAUAAUGUAAGGAAGAUACCUAUGACUAAGGCAAUGUUCUGCAAGGACUUGAAUCCUAAAAGAGAGAAUGUAAUUAAGAAAAUAAAGAAAACGGGAGUUUUGAAAAGUAAAAAUGUAAGAGAGAGAGAGAGAGAGAGAGAGAGAGAGAGAGAGAGAGAGAGAGAGAGAGAG